UCCAUAAGUGCCUGGUGUGGAACGCUUCAUAGUUACUCGGCAUUUUUUGACAAAAGGAACGAAAAAUAUCACAAUCAUUAAUUCCAAAAGAUCUGUUCCUCAAAGAUUACUAUUGCUUGUUGUUUAUUGAAUAAACUAUAAGAAACCGUGUCUAAACAUGGCUCCUGCGGAAGAUGUUGAAAUGAAAAAUGUGGAAAGCCCUGCUGCUGCGAGUGAUGCUGAAACCCCUGAGGUGAAGAAAGAUGCAGACGUGCUUGCUGUUCAAGAUUUGAGAGAACAUGUAAGACAAAUUGAUAAGGCUGUAACAUCCAAAGAGCCGAGGUUUGCUAUGCGUGUUUUAAGGUCUCUUCCAAGCACCAGAAGGAAGUUAAAUGGCAAUGUUUUACGUGCUAUUUUCAAUCAACUCUAUCCAACAAGCGCUGAUAAAGAAGCACUACUGGUGUUUGUCGAAAACCCUCUACCUGGUGCCGUGGAAAUCGAGCCUCCGCGCUCUAGGAGUGCACCAAAACAACCAGUACCAGAAGUUGAUGUGUACUUGCAUCUCUUGGUGUUGUUGCGUUUGCUUGACACCAAUAGAUUGGAAGAGGCAGCUGAGUGUUCUCAGCAACUAAUGAACAAAGUAUUGGCUCAAAACAGAAGAACUCUUGAUUUAAUUGCUGCUAAAUGCUAUUUUUACCAUUCAAGAGUGUUUGAAUUGACAAAUAAGUUGGAUCUUAUUAGAGGGCUACUUCAUGCUCGCCUGCGAACUUCUACUCUUCGCAAUGAUUAUGAAGGACAAGCUGUACUAAUCAACUGCCUUUUGCGUAACUAUCUGCACUACUCAUUAUAUGAUCAAGCUGACAAGCUUGUCAGCAAAUCAGUCUUCCCUGAAAAUGCAAGUAAUAAUGAGUGGGCAAGGUUUUUGUAUUACCUUGGAAGAAUAAAGGCUGCCCGCUUGGAGUACAGUGAUGCUCAUAAACAUUUGGUACAAGCAUUAAGGAAGGCACCACAGACUGCUGCAGUUGGCUUCCGCCAAACUGUGCAGAAGCUGGCUAUUGUUGUGGAGUUGCUCUUGGGUGAUAUUCCUGAAAGAGCCAUUUUCAGACAAGCCCCUCUAAGGAAAGCUCUGGCACCCUAUUUCCAACUCACCCAAGCUGUCAGGCUUGGUAACUUGCAAAGAUUUGGAGAAGUGCUUGAGAACUUUGGGCCCCAGUUCCGCAGUGAUCAUACAUUCACAUUGAUUCUUCGUCUGAGACAGAAUGUAAUAAAAACUGCUAUCCGUUCCAUUGGUUUGUCAUACUCACGCAUCUCACCAAAGGAUAUUGCCAGGAAAUUGGGGUUGGACUCUGCUGAGGAUGCAGAAUUUAUUGUAGCUAAAGCUAUUCGUGAUGGAGUUAUUGAGGCUACCCUUGACCCUGAAAAGGGCUACAUGAGUAACAAGGAGAGCUCUGACCUCUACUGCACAAGGGAGCCACAACUGGCCUUCCACCAACGUAUCUCCUUCUGCCUGGAUUUACACAACCAGAGCGUAAAAGCUAUGAGAUAUCCACCAAAGUCAUAUGGAAAGGAGCUUGAAAGUGCUGAGGAGAGGCGUGAAAGAGAACAGCAGGACCUAGAGCUGGCUAAGGAAAUGGCUGAAGAAGAUGAUGAUGGCUUCCCCUAAAUAACUUCUUCAAAUGUUUCAAAUUAUUUUGUAAUUGUGAUGCAUUAGAUGUUUAAUUCUGCAUUAACCUUAAUAUUAUAAUAAAAUCUAACUAAAUGUUA